CACCCUGUGAGGACAAACUGAACUUCAGGAGCUACAACCAUCUUGACAUUAAUUUACCAGGAAUCAGCCAUGGAUUAUCAGAAGCAGGUUGAAGAAAUUGAAUCCACUGCCAAGUUUGGAGACAUGAUAGAAUUUUCCUACCCGAUUGGAUAUUCGCACUGGGGAGUGUAUGAUGAAGAUGGACAUGUGAUCCAUUUUGCUGUUGCAGAUGAAGGGCAGCUGAUGAACAGGAUACGUACGUCCAUAGAAUCAUGGCUGCCUGUAUGUGGUGACUUUCUUAUUCGGGAGACCAAGAUCCGCAGAGUGCCUCUUGGCGAGGUCAACGUACCAAAAGGAGCCCACGUCUUGAUCAGCAACAACCGCCAUUUCUUCACGCCAUCAUCGCCUGAGGACAUGAGGCAAAGGCGAGAUGCACUCCUUGACAAGGUCUUCACAUAUAACCUCUUCAGUCUCAACUGUGAGCACUUUGCCACGUUUGUGCGCUACGGAAAAGCUGUGUGCAACCAGAUUCCAGCAAGAACCAAGAAUUUAGAGUGUGAGGACGCGACUGCAGCCUUCCAAAAGGUCAUUGACUCUGCAGAAACGUCCCCAGAGGAUGAAUGAGCCCUCUGAUGUGCUCGUAUUUUCCACUUUAUGACAAUAGUCGGUGGUCGCACCUUUUAAGAAUGGUUAACUAUAGUUAGUUACUAUAAACUAUACAAAAACAAGAUGAUCUCUUUGGAAUCAUGCCACUUUAAGAAUUUUGUCUUUUUUUUUUCUUUUUUUUGUCAGUGUUGGGUGGAAAAGAUAUACCAUACUGAUACAACUAACAAUUUAUUAUUAUUUAAUUAUCAAUUAAAUAAUAAUAAUUGUUUGGGUAAAUUGAUUGAUUGUUUGCAGCCCAUGAGAUAUUUAUAUUUUAUCCAGCCAACUGGCCAUAUUCCAAAGGUUAUUGAUUUGCACUCAUUUAUCAUUAAAAAUAAAAAAGAAGAAGAAAAAGCAGCUGUAUAUUCUGAAUACGGACAUGAAAGGACCAAAAAAUAAAUAAAAAUAUAAGUACGAGAUUGGGUUGUAAACAUCUCCAUUGUGCUGUAUGUUGUAUGUGUGUGGGUCUUUUUUAUAUUGAAUAAAUAAAAAGUUUUUAAAAAUAAA